AGUAGAAUUAACUUCAUGAACGGAACGUUAUUCAUUGAAACAUUAUUAUAUUCAAUGUUUCAUAAAAUUGCGAGUUUCCCAGAGAGUAUUGGUGCGAGGAUAUAUACUUGGAUAUAUACUCUUUGGGUGCGAGUUGAACAUCACCCGUGGUGUCAGUGUUGCGUGUGUUGCACUGUGUAGCGCUGUGUUAGAGGUUAUUUUGCACGUUCGAGAAUAGAAAAAAGUUAGUUGUACUGGCUUAAAAACUCAAUACAGUUUCAGCGUUAAACAAUGAUCAUUCCGAUACGUUGUUUUACCUGCGGAAAAGUUAUCGGCAAUAAAUGGGAGGCGUAUUUGGGACUUCUUCAGGCUGAGUACACUGAAGGAGAUGCUUUGGAUGCCUUGGGUUUGAAGAGAUACUGCUGCCGAAGAAUGUUGCUUGGUCACGUGGACUUGAUUGAAAAAUUGUUGAAUUACGCACCUCUAGAGAAGUAAUGUUUCAAGCGACUUCCAUAGGUGUAUCAAAAAUGAAGCCAAAUAAAAAAGUUUUUUUGUACCUAAUUUAUAUUCUUUCUGAGAUGUGAAUGUCGUGAACAUAUGCUUGUGAAGUAUUGUAUAUAAAUAAAUUAAUUAUCUUUGCAUAUUUACUGGUUUCACACAUUUUCCUCAAUAUGCAACUGAGUUAACCUUUGAUUCCACUUGAUAAUUUAAGAUUGAUUGUGUUGCAAGUGUAAUAGUGAAAACUAUUUAAAGAUAAUACUCCAUUUAAUUAAAUGUAAACCUGAAUAUAGUAUGAGUAUUAAAUAACUGUAUGCUGUAUGACAUUUUAGGUUGAAGAAAAGCUGCUUUAGUGUUUAAUAACAAUAGUAUUCGUUUAACAAAUGACUAUUUUCUUCAUUCAAUUUCAUCACAAUGUAUUGCUUCAUUUGUUAAUCAACACUCCUGUAAUUAUUUUAUUACUCUGAAAUUGUAAUUUCUUAUCCAAACUUGUUCUGCAAAGGAAGUUGUGAACUUUAAUAAGAAAAUUCAUAUCUAACUGAAGACACUUUAUUUUUAAGAAAAAUAUUCUCUUUUAUCAUCAAAGUAUAUGCAAUUGGAAUGUACAAUUAUUGUGCUAAUAAGCUCUGAUACACCUGUACAUAGUAUACUUACAAUCAUAUCAAAACCAAGAAAUAAUUCUUUAAGAUUGGCUUCGUCACAAAUUUAGCAAUUAAUUUCAAUUGCUUACAUAAUUAAUCACUGAAGACAUUACAUCACAAAGUUGUAAAUCCUUUCCCUUCACACUGUCUCUUGAUAAGGGAAAAGAGAGACAAGAAGUAACUUCUUGAUUGAGGAUUCACAAAAAACGUUAAAGGAGUUUCCGUAUUUAUACCUUCUCCUGCAACAAAAGUUCCUCGAAGAGACUCUUGAUCAGUCUGGGUCUCAAAUCCUGCACCGUGGACUAGUCCUGUGCUACGGCGCACAAAAUCUACAACUCUAUCAUGUGAGGACACUUCUGGUGUUAGUGUGUCAUCUGUACAAAUCUGGAAGCAAACAAGGGUAGGGUCUGAUGGAUGAUCAAAGCUAGACACUUCAACUAAAGGAAGGAUGCGCUUCGUUGUAUCAUCUUCUAGAUUCACCAAGAAGAGAGCAUGAGUGCAAAGUACCAAAGCUACAGCUUCAUAUGCUCCAGAUGGUGUUAUGGCUGUUGCUUCCGUAACAAAUAACAAGGAUUCUUUACCAGCUGCUCCACUCCCUACCAACUUCCAUGCAUAUUUCAGGUGUGAAUUGACCCCACAAAAAGUGUGAUCAAUAAUUGGAUUAUGUCGAACUUCUGGCAAGGAUGCCCAUCCUGCUCCAUACAAUAAACCUUCACCAGCCCGAGCCACAAGUUCAGCAGCACCACUCAACGGCUUGGUAACAACUCCAACAAGCCCACGGCCAACACUC